AUGGACAUGCUCGGCGAGUUGGCUAGGGGCUUCAUCAAGGUGAUGGAAGACACCUUAAAGCAAAUGCGGGAAAAGUUCAAACGUAUGAUUAAAAGGAAGUCCCUAUCAAACAAACGUUUCAUGAAGGAAAAGCUCAUAAAUCUUCUGAAGGUGGACGUAGUUGAUAGCACGAAGGAUGAGGCAUUGAUGUUGUUGGCAUCGUUGCCUCUAUCCUAUGAACACUUCCAAAAGACGAUGAUGAUUGGAAAAAGUACUCUCAAUUUUGAGGAGGUCGUGCAAGACUUGGUCCAUCAUGGGUUGCCUUAA